AUGAAAUUAGGCAUUAUACCUUACCAGGAGAGUACCGAUAUUGUUUACAAAAAUGCUCCCCAGGAUCUGCAAGAACGGAAAAAACCUGAUUUACCUCUGCUGGAACCGACACACCAAAUUAAAUCAUCAGUCCAGAGUACAAAUUUUGAUUUCGUACGCACAGAGGAUAUCCCGUUGAAUCGAAGACACUUUGUUUACAGGCCAUGUUCUGCAAAUCCCUAUUUUACCAUCCUAGGGUAUGGCUGUACAGAAUACCCGUUUGAUCAUUCUGGAAUAAGCGUGAUGGAUAGAUCUGAAGGAUUAUCAAUUGCUCGAGAUAGGAACGACUUGGUUAGUGUUCCGAACCAAUACGGCUGGCGAACUGCACGAAGCGAUGUCUGCAUCAAAGAAGGAAUGACAUAUUGGGAAGUAGAGAUAAUUCAUGGGGGCAACGGGAAGUGCACACGUGAGAUUGAUGAUUCAGUGAAUGAAGUACGAAGUGGCGUAUACGAAAAAAUAUUCAGGCAGGUGAAUGACACCCCACAUCUACGGUUUGGAGUUUGCAGAAGAGAGGCCAGCUUAGAGGCGCCAAUUGGGUUUGAUGCGUACGGCUAUGGUGUCAGAGAUAUUUCGUUAGAAUCUAUUCAUGAGGGGAAAUUAAAUUGCGUCCUGGAAAAUGGGCUUCCGCUGAAAGAAGGUGAUAAAAUUGGGUUUUUCUUGAAGCUUCCCAGUAUCGAAACACAAAUCAAACAAGCUAAAGAAUUUACCAAGGGAAGAAUUCUUGCGUUGAAUUCGCAUAUGGAUACUAUGAAUGAACCAUGGAGAGAAGAAACCGAAAACGGGCUUUCAAGGAAAAAAUUGAAACUGGAGACAACAAAUAAGGAAUUUCAAAGGGCAUUAUUGGAAGAUAUUGAAUAUGACGAUGUUGUUCGUGACCAAAUCGCCAUUAGAUACAAAAAUCAGUUAUUCUUUGAAGCCACUGAUUAUGUAAAGGCAACGAAACCAGAAUAUUAUUCCUCUGAUAAAAGAGAGAGACAAGACUACUACCACCUGGAAGAUUCCUUUCUGGCUAUAUAUCGAAAUGGUAGAUACAUUGGUAAGGCAUUUGAAAACCUAAAACCGUUCUUACCACCAUUUAGUGAAUUGCAAUAUAAUGAAAAAUUCUAUCUUGGGUAUUGGCAACAUGGUGAUACUCGUGAAGAGCCCAAUGACAAAAGUAUACCCAGUGCAAAAAAGAGAAAGCAGCUGAAAAAGAAGAAGGGUAUGAUACUUAGAAACAAGUACGUGAAUAAUAACAAAUUAGGUUACUAUCCAACAAUCAGUUGCUUUAACGGUGGAACUGCCAGGAUAAUUACUGAGGCAAAUCAGUUGGAAUAUCUCGAUCAAAUUAAAUCUGAAUAUUGUGUUGGCAAAGAGCCGCAAGUCAACACACUAGAUACACUGUACAAAGAACAAGUGGCCGAAGACAUAGUUUGGGACAUAAUCGAUGAAUUGGAGCAAGCUACUUCACAGCGAUGA